AUGCCUGGAGCUCAGAAGCAUAUUUUCAGAGCUUUUACCACCAAGAGCGCGACCCGAACUGUUUCUGGGGUCAAUAGCGCGUCCACCUCUAUCGAGGAUGAAUACUACGCUGGAUCCAAGGUCAAGAAAGCGUGCGCGAAACGCGGCAGGGUGGUCCGCACGGAUCCCGACGCGACCGACGACUCGUCGGAGGACGAGAGCUGCAGCCCCGCUACCAAGCGAUGGGUGAAGCCCGCCGCGCCGCAGGUGUUUAUCACGCACGGCGUCGAUUCUGAGAGCGACAACGAAACGAACGUCACGGCACCGGGCAGCACCGCCACCGCCGUCGGCCCCUGCGGCCUCGCUACUACUCCGUUCGUCCCUCCGCCUUUCGCGCCGAAUUACCCGCCGGGUCAGCCGCUUCAGUACAUGCCCCAAUUUGCCCCCGCUUCUGGCGCAUACGCCUAUAGUCCCUACUAUCCACAUGCCGUUCCUCCCGCCAAGAUGGGGAGUGGCUGUCAGAAGCGGAGGUCGCCUCCGUCGCCGCCGUCGCCGCCGUCUCAAGCUACUUCUACCGCCGCAUCUGCCGCCGCGGCCGCCGCCGCCGCGGUUGUCGCUAGCCCGGCCGGUGCCGCCGUUGCUAGUGCGGCUGCGGCGUAUCGCGGGAUGACGUCAUUCUCUCCCAACGGCAUCGCCGUCGGCAUGGGGGGGGGCUUUCCUCCCGCGCACCAUCUCGCGCGCGUGAAUUACGGCGUCUAUUACGGACACAUGGGCGGCAUGCAGACUCCUGCGGCUCGCCUCUUUCCAGGCCCUUCUGCGGCUUCCUCUGUUGCUAGCCCUCCCCCAGCCGCUGCAUCUGCCGCCGCCGCCGCCGCAGCGGGUGCAGUAGGUCCGUUUGCGUUCGAUUACCUGCCCAUGCACUGGAUGGGGAACUCUCAUAUGGGAUACCUCCCCGCGCUGCCUUCCCCGCAUCUCACGGCGCAAGUGAUGCCGCAGAUGCCGCCGGGCGCGGCGGAGUUCAUGUACAUGCAGUACGCCGCGGCGCAGGGGCAGUGCGGCGCGCAGCAGUUCGCGGCGGCGGCGGGCGGUCUGCCGGCCAUCAGCCCGGCCGUUAGCUCUGACGGCAGCGCGGUCGGCGCGGCGGCCAUGCAGGCGAGGCUGCGCGUGGGGAAGGGGAAGAAAGCAGACGCGCGGGAGAAGCAGCAGCGGUACCGGGGGGUGCGCCAGCGCCCGUGGGGGAAGUGGGCGGCGGAGAUCCGCGAUCCCGCGCGCGGCGUGCGCCUGUGGCUGGGGACGUACGAUACCGCGGAGGACGCCGCGCGCGCGUACGACGCAGCCGCGCGCGCCAUCCGCGGGGCGGAGGCGCAGACGAAUUUCGCGGGGGAAGACUCCGCGGACGGCGGAGCGGGAGACGUUCUUGGCGCAGGUUCUGCCGCGGCAGGCGCGGGCGCGGGCGGAGCUGGCGGAAAGGCGGCGGUUUCUGGUGCAGGCGGUGCUGGUGGCGCCAUACCCGCUGUAGUGCGCACCAAGAAGAACAGCAAGGCGCACAAGUACAUGCAGGGCUAUUGCAGCGAUACUGAGAGCAUCCUCAGCGAAGUGGCCUCCGAAAUCUCAUCCUGCACCAAGUCGUCCUCCUGCAACAACCUUUCCUCUGCGCUCUCAUCUGCCCCUUCAUCUGCCCCGGCGUCGCCUGAACUCAAGACCACUUCUCCUGCCCCAGCUGCACCCCCCUCACCCAACCCCCUCUCCUCCACCACCCCAUCUACCGACUCAGACCUCCUCUUUCUCCUCCCAGAGCCUCUCACUCACUCUGCUUCAGCCCCCGAGUUCGUCUCUUGCCAUGCCGUCAACAUCCCAGCAGCAAUUGCAGAAAAGAAAUCGGAGGCGUCAGAAUUGCAGGAAACCGGCUUGCAGGGAGGAUCAGCAGCAGAAGAAGAGGAGUUUCCCGUGUCUGAGCUUGAUGCCGAGACCUUUUCUUUCGGUCUGGAUGAGGUGUGUGGCGGUGCUGGUGGCGCUGGUGCUGACGGUGGUGCUCCGUUUUGGGACCUUGACGUUCCGCCGUACCUUGAAACGAACGAGAUUGGCCUGGACAGCAUUUUAUGGUAA